AUGUUGAACGAGGAUGAGUUGAGGGAUGCAGUCCUCCUUGUUUGUACAUCCAGAGCACUUGUGCUACAUCUGGUGAAGGGCUUUACGAUGGGCUGGAUAGGCUGUCCAAUAACAUUGCGAACAAGGUAUUAUACUACACUCUCAAUUGAUGUUCGAAUUCUCGUCAACUAUCUGUAG